AUGAAUGAUAGUCAUAUUAAAAUGAACGUAACAUCGUGCGAUUUGGUUACUGGAGCACAUAUUACACAUAUAUACAUAAAUCAAACUCCAGAUAAUUUAAAUGAAAAAUCAUUAGAUACUAAAUUACUCGUCAAUGGGCCUGUUGAAUUUAAUAAAUCUAAUUCUACGUUUGCGUCGAAAGAGUCCUCGUCACUGUACUCUAGCAGUAUUAAUGAUGGUAGGGAUGCAGUGGUGAAUAUCUUAAACAACGCAACUCCAUAUGAAUAUUCUAAAGUUGUUCAAUCUUCUCAGUUGAGACUAGACAAUAAUGGAUCAUAUUCUUGUCAUAUAUGUGUUAAUGAUAAUGCCGCUCUGAAUUCAGUAUGCGAAACUAUUAAUACUGAUGUGACUCGUCCAGUAUGCGAUGCUGAUACAAAUUAUACUUAUCCUUCAUCAGAGGAUGAUGAAAGUUAUUGUGGAUAUUCUAUUGCUGAUAUCAGUGAUAUCGAUGAUCUAUCAGAUAAUAUUUUAAAUGAUUGUCAAUCUAGUCCACUUAGGGAACAAACGAGGGUACAAACUAAUGGUUCUAGUCAUGGCUAUAAUUCCAGUGGGGAUUCUGAAGCUGAUGGAAUUAUAACGUUUCUAGACAAGCGUAAUAAUGAAGCUGAAGCUCGUUUGGCUGCAAGACGUCAAGCCCGUGCUGAAGCUAGAGAAAUUCGUAUGCGAGAAAUUGAACGGCAACAAAAAGAAGCCGAAGAAAAUGCAGACAAAGCAUUUGACAUGCAUGCAGCAGAUGGGCCUAUAGCAAAUCGAGUAUCACGAGUAGCUGCUAGUACUGCCAGUCCUAGAGCAGCCAGUUCUAUACAUAAUACUAACAGUUACCAAUCUAGUCGACGCAAUUCAGUUGAUUCUCUUGAUGAAUCUACUCCUAACUUUCGAGAUUUUAGGAUGGAAUUAAAAGACUUAGAAGAAAAGUUUCGAAAAGCUAUGGUACAAAAUGCUCAACUUGACAAUGAAAAAGCAGCUGUGACAUAUAUGGUAGAAUUAUAUAAAGACAAGUACACCGAUAUUGAAGAAGAGCUUAUGCAUAUAAAACGAGAACAUAAAGAGAGUUGUAGGGAAAACGAAAAAUUAAAACGUUUAUUGGCUACUCAAAAACUAGAAUCUAUAACACUUCAACAAGAAUUAGAAGAACGUGAUAAACUCAUUGAGGAAAAAGGACUAGUUAUUAUCAGCACAGAACAAGAAUGUUGGAGUGAAAGUGACCAAUGUAAUAAUAAAAUAAAACGUGCCUUAGUUUCUGUUGAAAAUGCUCAAUUGUUACAAGAUGCAGGAGAAGGUUGUUUAGAUGUACGACUCAAAAAGUUUACUGAAGAACGCAACAGCUAUAUAGAUGAAAUUAACCAGCUCAAAUUAGAGUUGCAAGAGGCCAAACGUCAUAGUGACAAUCAUUACAAUGGUACAGACUCAGACGAUUUGGAAGAUGCCCAAAAAGAAACUAAUAAAGUUCUUGGUGAUUAUAAAUUCAAGUGGCAAAAGGCUGAACAAGAUAUUUCUACAUUACAAGCAAAUGUUGCUAGGCUGGAGAGUCAAGUUAUUAGAUAUAAAACAGCUUCUGAAGCAUCUGAAAAAGCUGAAGAUGAACUGAAAUUGGAAAAACGAAAACUACAGCGUGAGCUUCGAGAAGCUCAAGCAAAAGUUGAAGAGUUGGAGACAUCCAAUAUGCAUUUGUUAAAACGCUUUGACAAAUUAAAGAACGCCAAAUCUAGUUUACUGAAAGAUUUAUAA